AUGUCAUCUCGCAACACAGACAGCCACGCUCAGAGAAGCGACUUCAAACAACCAACCUACUUUCAACCAAACUACACUUAUGCCCAGAGUCCUUCAAUCGCUCACGGCUCCCGUCCCAGUCGCCACUCGAUUGGGUCGCCCACUGAACUCCACCAGAGGUUUCUGCCAUCCAGUGGUUAUCAGCCUACCGCUGGAUCUUCUCAGAAGUCGUCCCCCCUACAGACUGGCUACAUUGACGGUCUAUAUUCGACCAAGGCCUCAUCCCGGCCUUCUGAAUCCCAUUACCCUUUCAGCCCAGACCACUAUCAGGGAAUCCAGCUGGACGAGAAUGGCCGAGUUGUGGGAACAAGCCUGUCAUUAACAACUCCUCCAACUCCCUCUGGCCCAAGCUACCAGGGCGAUUUCCAAAAAUACUCACAUCAGGAGACUCCUGCGCAUCUCCCCUUUGAGCCACAGUCGUCUUCGCUGACCCGGCCCUAUCAGUCCCGACACUCGAGUCUGGGCCUUGGACAGCCUGUCAGCUAUCUACAGAGUCUUUCCUCGGCUCAAUCUCAGAGUCGCAAACGUCACUCUCUACCCGCUCCCUCUGUCGCCCCCCUGCCUGAGGAUGGAGGCCCCAUUCCGGACGGAAAAGUAAUGGACGACCCACACGCCAUUGACGCUCACGAUCUUUUCUGGGCCAAGACAAUCACACCCGAGUUCCACAGUGUCGUCGAGCGGAAACGAAAGGAGAACAAGAUCGACAGCUACAAUCCCUUUGCAACAUUCAACCAGUGGAACGCUUGUGCUGUUUACGAGCGCAAAAACAAGCACACUCUGCCACAGUACAAGGUGCGCAAGCUGGCGGACGGCACUCGCGGCAUUUUGAAGUACGCCGUUGAGAGCAAGGUCCCUGAGCACCUGCGGUGUCUUCCCUCUUCGGAGUUGCUGAACUCGUGCUAUGAUUGUGGACAGAGAGGGGAACAUGCUGCGACCUGCGAGUUCCAUCGCGAGGUUGGCGAUGAGAGUUAUGUUCCCGUCAGUGGCGAUCCUGAGAAUCGGAAGCGGAGGUGCGUGGGAGGUGGGGGCAGCAACACUUUUGCUGCAGAUUACAACUACAAAGACCCAUCUGAGAACAAGGAGGACCACUUUGUGACCAAAGCCUGGGACACAGUCAAGUGGAAUGUGGUGAAGCGGCCGAUUAUGGCGAUGCGGGCGAGAAGAAGGCGAUAG